AUGGGAUAUCUACACACAUUCAGCCCUCAAAUCCUAGUGAUUCUAGCGAUAUACUACACCCUCACCACCCUCACCACCUUCCAAACCCGGAAACAUCGCCAAUCCCUCAAAACCCAACACAACUGCCUCCCCCCACCCAAAUACCCCCACAAAGACCCCAUCCUCGGCACCGACCUCUUCAGGGCCAACAUCCAAGCCGCGAAAGAGUCCAGGCUGUUAACAACAUGGCUCCAACGUUUCCAACAACACGGUGCUACCUUUUCGGCGAAUUUCCUGGGUGCGCCUGCAAUCUGUACCGUCGAUCCGAGGAAUUUGCAGACGAUCCUGUCGACGAACUUCCACGAUUUUGGGGUCCAGCCGCUGAGGAGGGAUGCGACGCUGCCGUUUCUUGGGGAGAGCGUCUUUACGAUGGAUGGGGUGUUUUGGGAGCUGUCGAGGGCGCUGUUGAGGCCGACGUUUGGGAGGGCGAAUGUGGCGAAUUUGGAGGCUUUUGAGGGGGCGUUUUUGAGGUUUUUGGAUUUGUUGCCUAGGGGUGGGGAGACGGUGGAUUUGAAGCCUUUGCUUUGUAAAUUGGUUUGUCUCAUUUCUUUUUUUGUUGUUGUGAGAUUGCUGAGGAUACGAUAGUUCAUUGAUACAUCGACACUUUUCCUCUUUGGAGAAUCGAUGGGGGUUCUGGAUGAGGAGACUCCUACCGCAUCACAGGAAUUCCUCGAUGCAUUCCAUUAUGCGCAGCAGGGGACGGGAAGACGGCUGCAACUCGGUAAACUGGCUUUCCUCUACCGAGACAGGAAAUGGCGGGAAUCCGUGAAAGUCGCGCAUGCGUUUGCGGAUUGCUAUGUUGAUAAAGCAAUCGAGUAUCGAAGGUCUCGCUUAGCAGCUAAAGACGCCAAGGUUGGUGAUAUGGACGAGGUAGGAGAUGACGAGCCGGGGAAGAGGUAUGUUCUACUUCAUGAGAUGGCUAUGCAAACGGAUAAACGGGAGAAUCUACGCAAUCAGAUCAUGCAUGUCUUUCUUGCGGGCCAUGAGUCGAGUGUGAUUUCGAUUGGGAAUGCGAUGUUCCAGCUUUCUCGGCAUCCGUUGAGAUGGGAGAGACUGACUGCGGGAAGAAGUGUUGGCGGGGGGAGAGGAGCCUUUGACUGUUGAUCGUUUGAAGGGGAUGGGUUAUUUACAGGGUAUUGUGAAAGAGAGUGAGUCUUCUCAUACACGUGAUAGUGUUAUAUUAUCUUACUAACGCUUUGUCCAGCACUUCGACUCUACCCGUCGCAAGCAUGAUGACACUAAUGACCUACACCGACACCAUCCUCCCCGCCGGAGGAGGCCCCUCCAAAACAUCCCCCAUCUUCGUCAAAAAAGGCACCAAGAUCACAACAUCCAGUUAUGCAGUCGGUAGAAUAGCAAAGUGCUACCAGCCCGAUCCAGAAGUCUUCCGACCCGAACGUUGGGAGGAUCUCAAGCCUGGAAUCGGGAGUUAUAUCCCUUUUGGAUAUGGACCGAGGACUUGUCCGGCGAAGAACUUGGCGGAGGUGGAUAUUGCGUAUGUUUUGGCCAGGAUGGCGAGGGAGUGGAGGGCGGUGGAGUGUAGAGAUGAGGUGGUGGAGUGGGUGGAGGAGUUGAGGGUUUCGACUAGUAGUCGGAAUGGGACGGUGGUUGGAUUGGUGAGGGGGUAGGUUUGGAGUAGUGGGUUGUUGGAGAUAAGAAAGAGUAGACUGUGUUGUAAAUAUCUU